AACUGAACUCACCUCGUCACAACCUUGCUUUAAAAGCGCUUCCCCCAAUCACAACGUUUUCCGCAUUCCUGCUUUCAAUCAUGCUGGCUCCUAGAAAUAUGUCAUAUCCCCUCAGCCGCUGUGUGCGUGUCGUACCCAAACGAUUGGAAGCGAUUUGCGUAUCUUCAAGCACGACACUGCAGCGACGCACGUAUCAGUAUGGACCGGGAGGGUCGUUCGGCUCAGCGUCCAACUAUUGGGGUGGGGCAGGAAGUGGUGGUGGUGGCUUCUCUUCCACCAAGCGUUCCCGAAAUCUACCAGCCAAUACGGUGGUCAAGUUUGUGCCGCAACAGGAAGCCUGGAUAGUAGAGAGAAUGGGCAAAUUUCAUCGGAUUCUUGAGCCAGGAUUGGCGAUAUUGGUCCCGGUUCUAGACCGUAUCAGAUAUGUGAAAAGCCUUAAGGAGGUGGCAGUGGAGAUCCCAUCCCAGAGCGCGAUUACGCACGACAAUGUGACCCUUGAGCUGGAUGGUGUUUUGUAUUACAGAGUAGUGGAUCCGUAUAAGGCGUCAUACGGUGUUGAAGAUGCAGAAUUUGCUGUUGCACAGCUCGCACAAACGACAAUGCGUGCCGAAAUUGGACAAAUGACACUGGAUCGCACAUUGGCCGAACGUACACAGUUGAACUUCAACAUUGUGAAUGCCAUUAACUCUGCCGCCGCUGACUGGGGUAUCAAAUGUCUACGUUACGAAAUCCGCGAUAUACAUCCUCCAGAAAACGUCGUCGUUGCCAUGCAUCAGCAAGUGAGUGCAGAACGUCGGAAACGUGCUGAAAUCUUGGAAUCUGAGGGAGCAAGACAAGCAUCGAUUAACGUCGCCGAAGGACGAAAGCAAUCUGCAAUCCUCGAAUCCGAGGCAGUCAAAGCCCGACAAAUCAACCAUGCACAGGGUGAGGCUGAGGCUAUUCUGCUGCGUGCUCAAGCCAAUAGCCAGUCCAUUGAACGCAUUGCACAAGCCAUUCAAUCGCACGGAAACACGGGACAAGACGCAGUGUCCCUAUCUGUCGCUGAGAAGUACAUCGAGGCCUUCGGUGCUCUCGCAAAGGAGGGAACAACAGUUGUUGUACCCAGCAACGUAAAUGAUAUCUCAGGAAUGGUGACUCAGAUGAUGACAGUGUACAACGCAGUCAGGGACGGGCGACCAGGACCGCGCAGCGCACCAGCCAUGCCAUCGAUAUCUCAGCAUGUUCCGUCAGCCGAGCGAGUCUUACAAAAAACUGGAGCGCCAACUGAUGGAAAGACAGCGUAGAGAGACACGCCUUGUAUUAAAUUUUGUAUCUAAUAUGAAGCAUUGAAGUAGCAAAUUGCGCCAGCCUCGUGAGCCUAUGUAUUGUAAACAUCCUAAAUUUCAAUGUACACCGC